AUGGUCUUACUGAGACUUCUCCUGUUGUUGCUGCUAGACGACCAUUCUGUAAUUUCUCUGUGGAACACUAUUUUAGAUUCUCUGUACUUAAAGUCAGCUAAGAAUAUUCCAGAGAAUCCAUCGGCUACAAAUGAAGCUUUUGACCAAGAGGGUUGGUUCAGCACUGGAGAUAUAGGUUGGAUUGUAUGUCACCAUGCCAUAGGGCCAAGUCGCAAGUGUGGAGGGAUGCUUGUUCUUGAAGGGCGUGCAAAGGAUACAAUAGUCCUCUCUACAGGUGAAAAUGUUGAACCUGCUCAGAUCGAGGAAGCAGCCGGCAGGAGUAACUUGAUUAAUCAGAUAGUUGUGAUCGGCCAGGAUCAACGGCGUCUUGGUGCCAUAAUUGUUCCCAACAAUGAUGAAGUUCUAGCAGAAGCAAAAAGGAAGUCCAUCCUUGGUGAGAAUGGCGAACUAGCGAAAGAUAAGGUCAUGAACAUGCUAUAUGAUGAAUUGAAAACCUGGUGA